GCUUAGUAAAUACGUGGCCUGGUCUUCAAUAAUGUGCCGCAGGCUGAUGUCCUCCAUGCCAUGCCGCACCGCUGCAGUAAUUAUUUAAAAGGAGAUAAAGGAGCCCUGACCAGAUGUUUCCUGAGCUAAAAGGGGCCCUGGUAUAGUCACCUGCUCUGACCAUGUGCUUUAGCCAUUGUCCAGAUCUCACUCACUCACACACACACACCAUCAUGCAGGGGCUUUGGAUCGCCGUGGCAACGUGCCUGCUCACCCCCGGUUGUGUCAGAGGAAAUGAAUGGAGGCGGGAAUAUGAAGAAGGACUCGGCUAUUACAGCGAGGACGCUAUGAGGAAGGAGCAUCCUGAGAAGAGCAGACCUGUGAGCUUUAAGCAUGCGCCGUUCCUCUGUCCUGAUACGAGCCCCUCACCCUCCGUCCCCACUUCAGUUGAAGAGGUGAAGGCAGCCGACAUUAAGGUGAUUGCAGCUUUGGGAGAUUCUCUGACGACCGCUAUCGGGGCGAAUGCCACUACCGUACUGGGAAUCCCCAUCGAGUUCCGACAUGUCUCCUGGAGCAUCGGCGGCUACGGAACCUUCCAGAACGUCAUAACCCUCGCCAACAUCCUCAAGCUCUUUAACCCCAAUCUCGUGGGUCCGGCUCGAAGCAGAACCGUACACGGAACCCCGGCUCCACUCAGUGAUACGGGUUUGAAUCUGGCUGUGACGGGACACAACACCUUGUAG